AUGCCUCCAAUCGUUCACCUAGUCCGCCACGCGGAAGGUCAUCACAAUGUCGCCAAAAACGGCGAAGAUAUUCACGAUCCUUUCCUGACCGAGAAAGGCGAGCAGCAGUGCCGAGAGCUGUGCAUGCAGUUUCCCUUUCACGAUGAUAUUGAUCUCCUUAUGGCCAGUCCCAUGAAACGCACGAUCCAAACCUGCCAGAUUUCCUUCAAGCCAGUAGUAGAUCGUGGCCACAAGAUUCUCCUUAUGCCGCUCGCCCAAGAGUCUUCCGAUGCGCCUAUGGACACAGGCUCUAGUACCGAAGAACUCACAAAAACUUUCGGGGAUGUCAUUGACACUCAACGUCUGGAACUAUUCCCUUACUGGUUCUCCAACCACGGCCGCUUUGACGUGGAUGGCGAGUCCUUGAUAAAGCGAGGCGCGAUGCUCCGCAAAGUUCUACGAGACCGACCCGAGAAGAACAUAGCGAUAGUCUCGCACGGCACAUUUGCGCAUUUUAUCGUUGGCAAUGUGACCACAGAUGGCGAACAGACGACGAGGAUGUGGGCGAAUGCUGAGUGCAGAAGCUUCAAGUUCGUCGCCGAAGAUGACGAGGACGCGCAGAUGACAGAGCUGGAGGAGUCGAGGGACAAGCGGCCGGAUUUGGAGAUCAAGAACCCGGGACAUCUGCUCAGGCCUGGUGCGGGUAGGAAGGGCUCAAUGGGCGAGGCUAUGACAGUGUAG